AUGUUACCUUCCAAAUCCCUUGAAGCGUCCGUCUUCGUGGAUGAAGAGUGGCCAGGACAGAAUCAUGAAUUGCCAACUCAGCUGAACAGUGGUCUCCUGUUUGUGUGUGGUUUCAACAACUUUUCGGUUAAUGAGGUUAAAAGCGGCAGUGUGAACUGGGGUCCACUUGUGGAGCGUCCGGAGAGUCCACAACUAUCUGUGAUUUCUGAAGCGCCUACAGACGAAUCGGUACUUGAAAAGCAGAGAUACCUCGAUGCGAACUUUCAGGAGUCACCACAGGAUCACUCUGAAUCAGAAGAACCUGACGAAGAUGACUCGGAAGAAGAGGCUGAUAGGACUAUCAGAGAGACGUUGCCUUCCGAAGUGAAGGAAAAGGAGGGUGAAUUGGCUCUGCCAUUGCGGAUAAGCUCAAUAAGCACGACUGAUUCCGUUAACGAUCCCAACGACGAGGAGGAACUAUGCCAUAGGAAGGCGGAAGACAGCGUCAGAGAAGGGGUUGCGGUAGAAAUUCAUGAAGGCGGAAAAAUGCCCUUACAAACAACUGAAAAAGACACCAAUGUUCUUAACACGAAGACUCAAAUUCCAGAAGAAGAUGGUUGUUCGGAAGAAACUGCAAGUUCUGAAGUUAGAAAUGACGAUUCUUUAAAAUCAAGUCCUACAACUGAAAUGCAAGCCGUAGAAGAGGGUGGUUUGUUGAUAUCUAAACAGGUGCAUCGGGAGUUAAACGUCAUAGUUGACGAUAAACCAUCGGAGGAAAGAAAUGCUACAAAUGAAGGGAGGAAUAAAUCAGUUGAAGAGGAGCGAGACGAUUAUCCAACAAAAUUGGGUGGUAGCCGAAAGAACGAUGAGAUGAGCGAGCUCAUUUCUACAGCAAAAACUAUCAAACUUAAAAAGAAGGUUAGAAAACUACGACAGAAAAAUUAUUCUAAGAAUCAGUUGACAAAAGCUGAUGAGACGUCUUCUCCGUUGUGCGGUAUGCAUGAAUCGGUGAGACCUGAAGGUAGUGCUGCUACAGCCAAUGACUUUCUUGCCAUUGGACGGGAAGCUCCAGCCUCUGAUGCUCAAAUAAAAAGCAAGGAUCCAUCGAACAAGUUCCAAAGUACUGGUGACUUCGAGAGAGGAAGUUCAAUGGAACCAUUAGGGGAGAUAAAGAAACUUAACGAGUGGAAAUCCGGUGGAGCUGUGAGUGAAUCUGACGUUCUCUCCGAUUAUCUACAAGUUAAUCUAUUCCACACUGGUGGAGUCGACAGCGAAUUUACUCACAAUGGACUUCUAGAGUACGUCCUUCAAUCCGACGAUGAGGUUAAGCAAGAAGGUAAUGCAAAAACAGAGCUUAAAAAUGCAGCGCAGGUCGAGGAGGAUAAGAAUGACACCAAAACACUGGAGUUUUGCGAGCAAAAGGGCGAGAAGGCUGGCAAAGUGGUGUGGAACGGUAGUCAAAGAGUUCCUGUUCUGCUCUCUGACGAAUCUUGCCCUUCUGAAAUGCAUCAGCAUAGUUUUGGUGAAAAUUUAGAACUGAACAACGAGAAAGCGUCACUCAAAGACCCGCAUUCGGAUGUACUGGAGGAUGCUGAAGCUGGACACGUGAUUUUGGGUAAGAGAGAUCCAGUGGAAGGGUCAGAAAAGAUAAAAGCAGAAAGGGACAAAGAGGUGGAGUCCACCCAAGAUAUUCAAGACAGUAACAAUUUCAUUUCUAUCCUCAAAAAAUACACCUCUCAAGAUCCAGAGCAUUCACCCGGUGCAACCAAUAAUUCGAGUAAAAAUGGGCUACAGCGUAAUGUUGUGAGUGCAACGAAGAAAAGUAGGAAAAAGAAUAAGAGAAAUCGAGGCGGAAGAGAUUUUGGCGGGGAGAUCGGAGGGGAAGAAGUCACUUCUUCUCUUAAUUCUCCUAUAAAUGAACAAGCUCAUGUUGAACAACAACAACAAUGUGUAGAUGAAGGCGACGUAAAUUUAUUAGUCCUCAAAGAAUGCCUACCCGACCAUCAGGAGGACAAUUGCAUUUCAACAAGCCGCAAAUUUGGAACUGAAAGUGAAGAAGCAGAACAGAAUGAUAAUGGAGGAACAAUUAAUCCUGAUAAGUCCCAAAAACUGAAAAAGGCUGAUCAAGAGGAGGAAACUCAUAAAUCUGAUCACUUCGAAGGGGAAAUGGAUUUGGAGGAAGCCACUGAUGAAUUACGGCUGCAUUGGGAAAAAGACAACUUGACAGAGUCCGCCACGAAAAGCCAAAGCCCGCAAAAUCAUCAUGUAGAAGGGAAAGACACUAUGGACGAAAAUCACCAACCCGAAACUCUACCGAAAGUUGUGUCGCCUCUGAAGGUGUACCAAACAUAUUUCUUGAAGAACGAAAAAAAUAAGCAUCGGAAGAAAAGGGACUCUAUUAGUGGGACUGAAUGUGAGGAUCGUCCUGCUUUCUCCGUUCCUACUUCACAAGAGACUUCCAAUGCGGAAUCCGAGGUGGAUCCCAAACCAUCUGAACCGACUGCCGAUGUGGGAUCUCUAGCGCAGUCAGAAGAAGGUAGAGACAUCGUGCAUUUCCCAAGCACUGAUCAAGUGUGCGCACCUGAAGGAGAGCAACCUUCCACUACUGUCCUCGAGGAACCAACCGACCACUGGAAAAAUGAGCUUCGGAUGAGGGAAUGUGAAGUGCAUGGACAAGGAGAAAGCGUCAGUGAAUGCAUGUCGGGUGUUGCAGUGGAGGAUUUGCAGCGCUCGGGUGAAUUUGAGGGAUGUUUGAAGGAGAAUGAGAAGGAGGAGGGCGAUGAAGGAAGGGAGGAGGAAGGUGAUGAUGAGGUGCAUCCCCGGGCAGAUGAUGACGACUUGAGAGAAGGUUUGAGGGAGGAGGGAGAAGUAGGAGAGGAAUCGGCAGAAGGUGGUGACACUUUGGACGAAAUCGGCGAAAGUGGGACACGUAGGAGUGCUGGUGUAAUGUCGUCUGGAGAGGAAUCUGAAGUAUUGGCAAUGAAAUGUGGACUGAAGAAAGAGAGUCGAAAGGAAAGGCAUUUUAUCAGUGAUGCUGUAGUAGUCGCUGAUGCGGAGUAUCCAAGACAGCCCGAAAAAGCUAAUGACACAUUGAGUAGCGUAGACGAUCUCCAUGAAUUUGUGUCUGAAGUGGAGGAUCAGCACGCUAAUGGUCUCGACGAAAUAUCUUGUCCAGAUGAAGAAGAACUUGCGAUGGAUAGAUCAACUCAUCAACCGGACUAUGAGCUUCCUACCAGUAUGCACCUUGGUGUGACCGGAGCUGUGGAGCGUCUGUCUGAAACUAAAGACUACUUGUCAAAAGACGGCGAUGUUGAAAGCAUAGCUGGUGAUUUACAAUUGCAGAUGCGUACUUCAGGAAUCACAAAUUUACCAUCUUCGGGGAUACUGGAAGCACCUUCAUUGAAGGUUAGAAAGAAGCCUAAGAAGCACAGAAAGUCAAGAAGCCAUCUAGACAAUGCCGAAACUCAAGAACUCGAUAAUCCUACUGUUCCUCUUGAAACUGUAGUGACCAGUACCGGUGAAAAAACUGAGUUCCAACAAGAAUCGGUGUUUGGCCUUUUGAAUGAAAACUCCAACCCAAGUCAGCAAGGAAUACCGAUAAAAGAGCCGUCAGGAUGCCUAAAUGAUUCGUCCGAAAUCAGCGAUUACAAACUGGACGUUAAAGGCGAAUGCGUCGAAGAAGCUGAAGUCAUUGAUAAAAGCAGCGAUCGAAUAAGCAUCCGCGAAUGUAAUGAAACCUUGGCAGAGGUGAUAGAGGAGGUGUGCCGAGAAAGAAGUGGGGAGCAGACACAUGAAGGCGUUGGUGCUGAAAUACAGCCUCACAUAAGUAGGGAGACGUUAAAAAUGUCGGGAAAUGAGGGAGGAGGAGCACUAGGCAAUCCCAUGGAAGGUGCAAACGAUGUGGAUAAAGUUGUCAAACUUGAGGAUCAGCAUAAUUUUGGUGCUUCUGGUUUUUCAAAACCUGAGGAACUUUCCACAAGGAGUGGAAGGAAGAAAAGACACCGAAAAGAAGAGCACAGGCAAGAGCAAGGAGAAAUUCAAACACCUGAAACAAAUGCAUAUGCAGAGCACUUAGUGGAAUUUGAAGAUCGUACAAAUCCAGAAGGCAAUGCAGUAGAUGAUGAAGGAUUGGCUCCUGGUGACUUGGAAGAGGCUCCUCAGCCAAGCGAAUGUGAUGCAGUCAGUCCUAUGGAGGAAGAAAAUCAUUUCACUACACAUAAAAUGGAAGUUCAAAGUGUGCUCAUGAAUGACACCAAAGUGCAUUUAACCGAAAUGAACAAAAAGACGUCGGAUAAUAAAGAAUGGAUGCACAGACCAAUUGAAUGCGCUGGAGAUGAAAUGAAACCUCUGAAGAGUAAAGACGUCUCGGAGGGUUGCACAGAUGAGGUGAAUGCAGAAUCCUACACACGUUUAACAGAAGGUGUAGGUGGUGGAGUUGAAAUCGUCGAAUGUGAGACUAAUCGGGACCUUGAGACUUCGUCACCCUUAGAGGAGCAAGAAACACCUUGGAUGGAAAGGAAAGGGAAGAAGAAACAUCGAAAGAGUAAGAAGAUGGUGAGUGAAGCUGAAAUGGUAGCAGAAGGUAGAAAUGAAUUGGAUGCUUCCCCAGUUGGUCAAGGAAUUGUUUCCGAACUCAACUCACAUUCCACCGUUGCUACGGGCGAAUGCUCUCAACAGAAGGAGGAAGAGCAUGCAAUGAAGAAACCAUUCGGUUAUCUAGAAGAUGAACCUGUACUAAGUGAUUCCAAUUUGGGGGUUCGAAGAGAGCUUGUCGAUUAUUUUAAAGACAUCAGUGAACCUGAAGAAGUGGUGCAUCGAAAUGAACUCCAUUUGCAUCCAUCGCACCAACUCAAUGAUCAAAGGGAAGAGGAAGGAGAGGGUGAACACAGACCAGAUGAAAGUGAUUUGGAAGGUAGUGGCAAUGCUAAAGAGGUUAAGACCGGCAAAGAACUCCUGGGGAGAAUUGGAGGUGAAAGUGAAGACUUCCACGAAGAAUCUGCCAAAGGUGGAGGCAAUGUGGAUGAAAUGAUUGAAGCAAGGACUCUCCAUGAUGCAGAUAUUUUUCCGCCUUUAAGAGAAUCUGAAGGAACUUCCGUGGGAAUUUGGGUGCCAAAUCCGCAUCACAAUGAAGCAAGAGUUCAGAGUCCCAAAACAUUUGCUGCUCCUCUUUCAAGGAAAGUAUUCAGUAUGAACAAUAUCGAGCCAGUCAGAAGGCUUGAUGGCGAAAGUCAAUGUAGUUUGGAACAAUUGGAAGAAACCUCACAAUCAAAGGAUCAAGAAUUCGUUGUGAAUGAGUCGUUGGGUCCUGUAGAGGAUGGACCGCAAAACAGCGAUGACAUUCUGACGGUUCAAGGCGAGUGUGCCGUAAAAUCUGAAUUUCUGACCGAGGCUGGAGAAUGUGGAACACAGGCAACGAAGCAAUAUGAAGAAGAGCAUUUGCAAAAUGAGGACGCUGUCAAAGAGGUUGUUUAUGAAGAACAUCGAAAAGCAAGGAGUGAUAAUUUGAAGGUGGUUUCGACAGAUGGCCAUGGCACUAUGGACGAAAUUGAUGAAUCUGAGUCUCUUCAGGUAGAUCACAAUGUGACAAUUUUAGAGGAAACUGAAGCACCUUCAGAGAAAUGUGGUAGGAAGAAAAAGCAAAGGAAAGGACGACGAUUUGCCAGUGAGGUUGAAUGUGAGGAUUGUCAUGCUUCCUUCGUUCCUACUUCACAAGAGACUUCCAAUGCGGAAUCCGAGGUGGAUCCCAAACCAUCUGAACCGACUGCCGAUGUGGGAUCUCUAGCGCAGUCAGAAGAAGAAGGUGGUGAUGAUGAGGUGCAUCCCCGGGCAGAUGAUGACGACUUGAGAGAAGGUUUGAGGGAGGAGGGAGAAGUAGGAGAGGAAUCGGCAGAAGGUGGUGACACUUUGGACGAAAUCGGCGAAAGUGGGACAAUUAGGAGUGCUGGCGUAAUGUCGUCUGGAGAGGAAUCUGCUGCCCAUGAACCUUUCAUUAGUGUCGGUGCAGUAGACGCCAAAUUAGAUAAAAGAGCUGCAGGUGUAGAGUAUCCAGCGAAAACGGAAGAAAUAGAAGCCCCUUCAGACCUUAACACGGACGCCUUAAAAGAAAUCGUGCAAGAGAUGGACGAGAUUCAAGAAGGUGGAGGAGUUGAUUUCACCUUCAACGUUCAAUUAACGUCUGACGAAGGUGUUAACACCCAUUCGAAAUUUGAAGAGUCGUUAGAAUUGAAUAACAGUGAGUCCCUUCAGGAUCGAACCGUGGAAUGCGAUAAAAAUUUAUUGCCAUCACAAGUUCGCUGGAAUGGUCAAGAGGAAUUUGUUCAAACGAAAUCAGUAGGACUAAGAGACUCUUCAAACGAAAAUGUUGAAUCUGGUGGGGAUGCCUCACAUCCAGGGCUUGAAAUCGGGAAAGUUCGGCUAGUCCGAGAGAAUAAAAAAUCCAAUCUAUGGAGACGGAGAUUUGUUGAAGAGGAACGACCAGAAAUUCCAUCCAACGAGAAGGCUUCAAUCAGUCUUGGUGAUGCAGACUCAGGGAGCAUGGCAGGUGAUACGUCACAGAUUUUGAAUUUGGCUACCUCGGAAGGUUUGACAGCCACAGUUAAGUCUACACAUUUGCCUGAUGUGAGUAGCAGUUCAAAAGUGGACUACUUCUUUUCUCCACGACGGGAUCCUUUCCCUAAUUUGGACGAAGAUUUUUCUCAGUCUGAUGAAACGAUGACGAGUGCGGAAGGUGAGAGAGACACUGAUUCAAAAAUCAUUUGGCAGGAAAUGCCAAUGUCAUCUAGCAUUUGCAAGCCGUUUAAGGAAGGAGCUUCACAAUUGACGCCAUCAUCGGAGAUAAGUAAGAAUUCGGAAAAGGAAGACAGGAAAGGUAAGGAAAAGUCGCUUGAAUGUGGAGAACCGGUUCAAGUGAUAGAUGCUGAAACAGGUGAAUGCCAUUCUUCCGAAAAGCCCAAUAAAACAAUGCCACCACCACUAUUACAGGAGUCAGAGGCGGAUUCGGCAAAAAGCAGGAAGAAGAGGAAACAUCAGAAGGAACAUUACACGGCGAAUACUCAUGUAGUAGAGGAAGAUGCAGAACUUCCUUUGAGUGGAGUGGAAGCUGAGAAAUGCAUGAAUGACAAAGGAGUUCUAAAAAUUGGACAUUUUCCAAUAGCUUCCACAUUGUCGACUUCAAAGGGGACUGGCGAAGGUUUUGCAGAGGGGAUAGAUGAGGCAACUACUCGAGUAGCGCCUCCAAACUUGGAAGGUCGAACUUUAGUGCAUCAAGUGGAAAUGGAAUCGAGGAAUGAGCCUACAGCCGAAUCUUACAUGGACAGGAUGAGUGAGGGUGGAAUGGAAAGCGGUCAAGAAGCACAUGAUUUGGGGUUGAAUUCUGAACUUCAAAUCGCUGAAGUUGGGGAACAUCUUGCAGAGGGCGUCUUGAAGCAGAACGAAUACAGGAAGGAAGUUGAGCGUCUGGGACGCCCUGCAUCAACAACUCAAGAAACCGUCCAUUUAGGCAGAAAUGAAGAUGUGCGGUCCCAAUGUAGCUUAGAAGAGGAAAGUCUGAAUGAAAUGAAAGUGAGUGUAAUUGCUGAAACUUCAGGAAAUAAUAAGAAGGAGGUGAAGUUAAAUGAAUUUUCGGAACUCGAGCGUCAGACGAGCAUUAAUGUCGGUGGACACAAGGCGCAGAAGGGUCCGCAAAUUAAAGAAGCCGAAGACAUGAUCGGCAGCAGUACAGAGGAAGGUGAAAUCAGCUUGGAAGAGUCUCAUGGCCUCGAGAAACCGGACUCGUAUCAGAAUUCAGAAGAGUUUGACGGGAAUUCAAUUGGCGUGGACUCAAAAAUUCACGAACCCAACUUGGGACCAAAUCUCGUUAAAGAAGGGACUUCAGCAACACUUGUAGAAGAAUAUUCCUACAGUGCUGAAACUAUUUCUGCCAAGGAUGGGGAGGUGUCACCGCAACCAGCAAAUGAAGCCGAUAGUAUGGAAGGUCUGUUUGACUCAAAGGGGUUCGAAGCAUCUCCGGACCAAGCCGCUUCACAGAAGCCUCCUGAAGGGGAGAUUCAGAUGAAUGAAGAUCAUCAGAGGAUUGAAUGCACUGUUUUAGGCGAUCCAAUUCCUACUGAAAUUGGUUUAGGAGAUGACAGCCUAAAAUGGAUGGAGGAAAAGGAACAACCAGCUUUGCCUCGCUUCAGCGAUCCUGCAUCCGAUGGCAGUACAAUUACUUCGGCCAAAGAAGGCUCAGCACAGAUCGAUUCCGUCUACGAUUUGGAGGUGCUCAAGUCGAAUCCGAUUUGUGCUGACGUGCCUAUCUCUCAGGAACUGGGUGAUAAAAGUGUCGAAUCUGAGAGGUGCAAAAAGAAGCACUGGAGAAAAGAACAUUCUACCAAAGGAACCGAGGAGUGCCCAACGCCUGGCGUAGAAGAAGGUGCGCCACCUGAAUGUGUAAAAUCAGUAGUUGAAACGAAUAUUUCCAUGGAUGCGAAUAAGUCUCAAGCGUUUGUCACAGAUGAGGACCUUCUGAAGGAAAACAUGCUUCAACAAAAGGUUGAGUUGGUGAAGAACACCUGCAGUGGAUUUGAUACCCACUCGAAAGUCAACGAAAUUCUCUCCAAAGAUGACAUUCAAGACAGUGAGGCGAGAAUUCACGGGCCCGUAAUCGGCAUCAAGACUGAAGACGCGUCUUUAGUGAAGGCUAACAAACAGCGAGGAAGAAAGGGGAAGACAACAAAAGCAGAGCGGUUGUCAAAAAAGGAUCACAACAGACAAUGUUGGCCGAUAAACCUGCAAGACAUGGAAAUCGAAGCUGCGGGUGCCACAAGGACCUCACCCCAACCCUUUAGCGUUGGAACUACUGCAGAAGGCACUCAGUCUGAAACCAUGUCACCACUGAGAGAAGAGGACAUUCCAUCACUCGUAUCUGGAGCGGAGGGAAUUCAGUCGCCCGACUUGAUGGCUUCUUUAUAUUCGCCAUCGUCGAGCAAGACACCCGCGGAACAAGAACUCCGCAUCGGGACGAACGUUGAAAUUGGCCAACAGGUUGAGAUUGAGAAUGCCGAAGAGUUCGAAGUGGAAGCUAAUGAGGGUCAGAUCACUUCCGUCGGCCCUUCAUUAACAUUGACUGACCAACCUCUGUCUGACACUGAUGAAAUGGAUGAUUUCACAGUUGUCGUUAAAGCUUCCCCUCCAAGAACAAUUAUUGAAGCUGAGGCAAGUGAAAGUUUUAAAUUUCCAAAUCUUUUUCAGGCUCCAGCUGAACCUAUCAUCAUGCCUUCAAAGAGUUUGCAAAUUCGUCUGAAGCGGCGGCGUUGGCGAUGGCCUGGAUUAAUCUUCCUUCUCCUACUCUUCCUCCUUUUUUUCCUCAUUCCUACCAUUAUAUUCUUUUGUGUUGCAGCUCCUGAUUUCUGUUUCCUUCCCGGCUCCUGCCCUGGGCUGACCCUGCGUCAACGAAUUAAUGCCUACAUUAAUGAAUACCACCGACAGCGGAUGUCACCUUUCCCUACCUAA